AUUAGAAAGAAAAAAAAAUCAGUUUCACAUUUAUAAUAUUAUGUAAGGAUUAAUAGUUGUCAAUUGACAAGUGAUGUUUUGGCGCCCACUUCCGUUAAGAAGAUUUCCCGAUAGGCCACAUGAGUCAUGGACAGCUGUGUAAGCUUCGAUAAACCCUAAUCCUUAUCAAUAAGUCAUCGCAAUUAUUUAGCAAGAUAACUUUUAUCCCUGAUAACACAUCCAAACAAAAUUCAUGCCAUACCAUGAGUCAUUCAAAUAAAAGAGUGUUCAUCGAAAUUAGGACUUGUGUAAACAGUAGUACCUACAAGUGAAUUACAUGCUUUAUCCCUUUCAGUAACUUCAUACCCUGCGCAAUUUAAAGCGCCAAUUGUGAAACUCAGCCCUAUACUAAUUUUAAAACUUAAUGCAUUCAAAUAUAACUCAUUUUGCUUUAACAACUGGCAAAAAAUUACUAUAUUUUUGUAAUUUGUUAGUACGUGACUCGAUUAGAUGAGCACUUAUGUGAUAAUUAAAAAGAAAAUAGUAAUUUUAGUUCCAAUUUCAAACAACCGCGAAACACAGUUUUUCUUUUUAAUUAUUGACGGCCAUGCUAUUUAAUUAUCUUCGGCCAUUAGUUUAAUUAAAAUCAUGCGCAAAGAUUUUUUGAUUACUUAGCGCAAGUUAAUUUGUUUUAGGGCCAAAUGAUGCGACAAAAUAUUUUGGACUGUAGUUAUUGUGUUGUUUUAGUGAUUUUGUUACUGUGUUGUGUAAUAGUUAUAGUAGACGGAUGCUUCAGCACGGGCUUGGAGUUUCUGACAGAGGAAUUACUACCGGCAGUAUGUCCUCUAUUGGCAGCAACCACUUCCAAUAUAAAGGAUUUGUUUAAACCACUUAGUCUUGAACACACUCUGUGGACAGAAGACGAGCCAGUCUCAUCAGAUCUGGUCACCGAAUGCCUGCGGUGUGGGUGCGAGUUGUCCAAGCAGUCAUCGACGAGGGGAAAGCAACUGGUGCAGAACGGAAUAACCCUGGACUCCUGCACGCCCGCCAUGUUGCACUUCUACAGCGGAGAGCUGCCGCCAGACGUGAAGAAGGCAUCGGAAGCGUCACACGAGAUUCUGGCCGCGACGAAAGUAAUGCAGAUGAAAGUUUGCUCCAGCUCUAACGUCACCCCGAACACUUUUAUUUCAUUUUUGGAGCACCAGGUCAUCCGUCUGCGAGAAGGUUCCUCCUGCAAACCUGUCCACAUAAACUGCAUCAGCAAUAAGUACAGGAGCGUGGAUGGCAGCUGUAACAACCUGAAGCGGCCAGGCUGGGGCAGACGAGCGGCCCCGUUCACGAGGAUAGCCACGCCACGGUAUGCUGAUGGUAUAUACUCAAUGCCAGUCGCAAGAAGUGGGCGUGGUCUUCCCAAUCCUCGGUCGCUGUCGACACGUCUGUUCUCCGACCAGCCGCUCUUGAGCCGAUCUCAUAAUUACAUGAACAUGCAGUGGGGGCAGUAUGUCACACAUGACAUGAUGAUGCGCAUCAUGGAAGUCACGCCGGAAGGCGGCAUCCAAUGCUGUCUGGGUGACGGUGUUGACAUGCUGCCUGCAGAAUGGCAGAACGACAAAUGUAUACCCAUAGCCGUGCCUGAGGAUGACCCAUUCUAUCGCUACCACGGCAUCAAGUGCCUUAACUUCGUGAGGAGUGUCACCACGCCCAGGGACGACUGCAGCUUGGGGUAUGCGGAACAGAUGAACACAGUGACCAGCUUCAUAGACGGCUCGCCUAUCUACGGCUCCGAGAAGAAACUGGCGAUGCGCCUGCGCAGCAAAGUAGGCGGAAAACUUCGACAGGAGACGCGAGACAACUGCGCCAGAGGGUUCCUGCCUACCGUGAAAGAUAAGGCUUCUGUCUGCGAUUUGAGGAACUCUUCGGAGCCUUGUUAUUUGGCGGGAGACGCCCGUAUCAAUCAAACACCCACACUAGCUUUGCUCCAUACUUUGCUUCUGCGAGAGCACAAUCGCGUUGCCGACAUCUUGGGGUCGAUGAACCCGCUGUGGUCUGACGAGAAGAUCUAUCAGGAAGCCAGGAGAAUCGUUGUAGCGGAGAUCCAGCACAUCACUUACCAGGAGUGGCUACCACUCAAUUUCGGCGAGAACUACUUUCGGUACUACCGAAUCGUGCCCUCAACGCUGUACAGCCACGACUACAGCGAGGAGGUCAACCCUGGCGUUAUCAACGGGUUUGCAGCAGCUGCCUUCAGGAGCCUCCACUCUGUCAUACCUGACUCCAUCAUGUCGUGCCCUUGGACUUAUCACACUGCUUAUAUGUACAAACUUAGCGAUCACUACUUCAAUCCAGGCCUCUUGGAGUACACUUCAGAAUCGUUCGACGACAUCGUCCGCGGGAUCAUAGCGCAACCCUCGUCGGAUUUCGACCCAUUCUGUACUGCUGAGAUCACCAACUUUCUGUUCAAGUCCUACAACCAGUGGGGACUGGAUCUCAUAGCUAUGGACAUCCAGAGGGGAAGGGACCACGGCAUCGCCUCUUAUAAUGAGUACAGAGAAAUUUGUGGCCUGGCAAAAGCACGGAUUUUUCAAGAUUUCGCUGGAGAAAUGACUCAAGAUCGCAUCAACGCGUUAGCUCAAAUGUAUGAGAGCGUGGAUGACGUGGAUCUGUUCGUAGGCGGGCUCAUGGAGCGAGGUGUGCACGGCUCGGUGCUUGGCCACACAUUCCAGUGUCUGGUGGCCGAGCAGUUCUAUAGGACCAGAGUCGGUGAUAGAUUCUUCUAUGACAACGCGGAAAUGCCGCACUCUUUUACUUCAGAACAACUACAACAAAUAAAAAAGGCGUCUAUGGCUCGUCUGAUCUGCGACAAUACGGACCGAGUAUAUUUCGUGCAGCGUCGGGCAUUCGAACCUGAGACACAGUACAACCCCAAGUUUAGUUGCGACGACUGCGUCGCUAUACCCUACGUCGACUUGACGUCGUGGAAACAACCCAGCUUAUUUGAUUGAAAGCUAUUUCAAAACUGGAC